AAGCAGAAGCACCAAGAUUAUGUUACUCGCGGUGGUGUGCAGUUUGAUAUAUUCAAGAGAAAUCAAGUCAAAUGAUAUAAUUCCGGCUCUGGCAAAAGUUUGGAACGUAUUGGAACUGCGGAUUCUGGUGUUAAUUAGUCUCUCCUUGCAAAUAGUCCUAAUCGUUUUUGGCAACAGAAGGAAGCACAUAGCCAACAAAUGGCUACAACCCAUGGUGUGGUUCACCUAUCUGUCAGCAGAUUGGGUUGCUACGGUUGCUCUGGGCAUUCUUUCCAAAGACAGCAAAAAUCCAAAAUUAGACCCCAACUUCAUAAUUAUGGCGAGUUGGGCACCCUUCCUUCUUGUGCACCUUGGUGGUCCUGACACAAUCACUGCUUACUCUCUUGAGGAUAAUGAACUAUGGCUGAGACACAUGCUUGAGUUAUUCUAUCAGCUAGCAGUGGCAAUUUAUGUGGUUUAUAGCUCAUGGAAUGGUAGCCACCUUAAUUAUGUUACCAUUCCAGUUGUUGUCGCAGGAAUAAUCAAAUAUGGGGAAAGGACUUGGUCACUGAGUUAUGGUAGCAGCCAAAAAUUCAGAGAAUCUAUUCUCCCUCCUCCAGACCCAGGACCAAAUUAUGCAAAACUCAUGGAUGAUUACACUGCCAAAAAAGCUGAGGGAUACAAAGUUUCCUUCGGGGAAGUGAUUGAAACUACUCCCAUAGUAUUGGGUCAUUCUCAAGGGGCAAUAACCAAUGACCCUAUUCCUGAUGCUUCCUCUUUGCAUGAUGGAUUCUAUUUCUUCAAAAUUUUCAAGUGUUUGUUUGCAGAUCUCAUCCUUAGUUUUCAAGACCACAAAAGCAGCCAAGGUUUCUUUCAGAACAAAACAUGGGAUUAUGCUUUUAAGGUAAUUGAGGUUGAGCUUGGAUUGAUGUAUGAUAUGCUAUAUACAAAGGCAGUGCUAACAUAUUCCCACCUUGGCAUUUUCCUCAAAUUUGUGAGCUUUUCCUGUACACUCUCUGCAUUUAUUACCUUUUUUUUUGUGAUAGAUAAAGGACCCGUAGAUUAUGACCGGAUCAUUACUUUUGUGCUUUUCGCUGGAGCUAUUUUUCUUGAGAUAUACGCGGUCAUUGUUUUACUUUCUUCAAGUUGGGUAAUGCUUUGGUUGAGCAAGCAUAAGAAUUGGAGAGUUAAUAUUCUCUACAGAAUCAUUUCAAGAUUUCAAAAGUGUUUUAAACUCUCACAUACUAAGAGGUGGUCUAAUCUCAUGUCACAAUUCAAUCUCAUUAGGUUUUGCUUAAAAGAUGAGCCAGUCAAAUGCAUCAAAAUCCAGAAAUUUCUUCACAUCUAUCAAUUCUUCGAGAAGUCUUAUUACCAACGAAAAAAGUUUGUCCCUGAGGACUUGAAAGAACUCAUUUUUGAACAGCUUAAGGAGAAAUCUAGGGGUGCAUUGCAUAUUGAAACAUGUAAAAAAUUAUGCGCUCACAGGGGUGAUCAAGUUCUUAACAAAUGGAACUGCCACACUCUUGAUUGGAGCGCUGAGGUGGAGUUUGAUCAAAGCAUUUUGCUUUGGCAUAUUGCCACAGAUCUUUGCUAUUAUUCAGAUAUAACUGAUAACCGCAGUUGUAAGUACCUCCAAAGUUGUAUAACUAGCAGAUUGUUGUCAAAUUAUAUGUUAUAUCUUCUUGUUAUUUGUCCUUUUAUGUUGCCCAAUGGAAUAGGACAGAUCAGAUUUGAAGACACCUGUGCGGAGGCUGGUGAACUUUUGCAAGAAAGAAAGUACAUAUCAAAAAGUAAAAAAGCUUGUAAGAUGAUACUUGGAGUGAAAACAGAUAUUCCACCAUCAAAAUUGAAAGGGGAUAGAAGCAAGUCUGUGCUGUUUGAUGCAUGUAGGCUUGCCAAAUGCAUAGAUUCUUUAGAAAAGGAGAAGAAAUGGUCGAAAGAAGAUAAAUGGGAAAUGAUGAGUAAAGUUUGGGUGGAGAUGCUGUGUCAUGCAGCAUGCCAUUGUAGAGGAUUUCAACAUGCUAAGCAACUAAGCCAAGGUGGGGAGUUGCUGACCCAUGUUUGGCUUUUAAUGGCUCAUUUAGGUAUAACUGAACAGUUUCAGAUUUCACAAGGUCAUGUAAGGGCAAAGUUGGUGAUCAGCUAAAAAUGUAUGGUGUGUAGUUGAAGUCUUUGGAUUUCUUAAGCCUUUCCUCUUGCUCAAACAAUUCUUAUUUGCAGUAUCAGUGUGUGAUAGAACAUAGGAAUGUACCAUCCCCUUUUGUGUUUUUAGUACUCUGCUUCCUUUAUGGAAGAAUAAGGCUACCUUCCCACUUUUCGUUUUGCUGAUCCAAAUCAUGAUAUUU